AUGCGUCUCAUCUCCGCCGUUGUCGCCUCCCUCGCGGUUGGCAUCCAAGCCUCUCCCGUGCCGCAGAGUGCCGGCAGCCAGAUCAGCAACGCCCAGUACGGCCAGGCCAUCGGCUACGCCGUCCAGGGCGCCAUCGACGCCGUCGCCGGCAUCGACAACUGGAACAAUAAGCGCGAACAGUUCGUCAAGGCCCUCGUCCAGGGCAUGUGGGACCGCAACCCGAGCCCCUCGGAGGCUCCCGCCGCCAUCUGCUACAACCAGGGCUACGACCUGCAGGUGCCGACCGGCAUGCGCGGCCUGCGCGACCAGGAGGUCUCGUCCGGCCCGCUGAAGACGGAUUACGACUGCUUUUACAUGACCGGCAACAACGCCUUCUGGUCGCGCGGCGACGGUGGCAGCGUCAACCUGUGGACCGUGUACGACAGCAACCGCUGCAACUUCGACGACAGCUCGGACCUUUACUGCAGGUAG